AUGAUUAAACGAGUACCCAAAUUUUAUGGAAAUGUUAAAAUUAAUAAUAGGUUACCAACGUAUGAACUACUAAGUAAGUUAAAUAUUGUAUCUCAUCCCUCAUCUGGUUUUGUAAAUUGGUCAUCAAUUGGUUUACUAAUAGAGCAUAAAAUUUCAAAUUUAAUUAGAAAACAUUUGAAUAGUAUCCAUGGGGAAGAGGUCAAAUUAUCAUUAAUUUCAAACAAGGAACUCUGGGAAAGGACAGGACGAUGGGAAAACACUGAAAUUUUUAAACUUGAUAAUGAUAAAUUAUUAGUACCUACUUCCGAAGAACAAAUUACUGAUCAUGUUGAUAAAAAUUUAAAAUCUUAUAAAGAAUUGCCUAUUUUAUUAUAUCAAAUAAAUACAAAAUUCAGAAAUGAAAAAAGACCAAGAGGUGGAUUAUUACGAGGUAAAGAAUUUUUAAUGAAUGAUGGUUAUUCAUUUGAUAUUGAUGAAAAAAAUGCAAUGAAAAGUUAUAAUUCAAUAGUUGAAGCAUAUCAUAAAAUUUUUACAGAUUUACGAGUGCCUUAUAUAAAAGCAAAUGCUGAUCUGGGUGAUAUAGGUGGUGAUUUAAGUCAUGAAUGGCAUUAUAUUGAUAAAACAGGUGAAGAUUUAGUAUUUACUUGUGAUUCAUGUGGAAAUAUUUCAAAUAUUGAAAAAACAUUAUCUAUAGGAGAAAGUCAAUAUGAUGUAGAUGUUAAGUAUUUUACUACAAAUGAUAGAAAUACUUUAAUCUGUGCUUAUUACCCAAAAGGAAGAAUAUUAGAACCAAAAUUCAUAAAAUCAGAAUUGGAAUUACCAGAAGAUUUAAUUGAAACCACUGAUUUAACAGAGUUUAGUGAUAUAAGUAAAAGAGUAAUUAGAAUUAUGGACUCAAGGCUAACUUCAAGGUCAAAUUUUCCUGAUUUCCCAAUUGAUUUUGUAAAUCGUUCAUUAAUUACUACAUUAACUGAUAUUCCAAUAGUUCUUGCACAAGAAGGUGAGACAUGUCAUGAAUGUGAAGAAGGGAAACUUAACUCAUCACCUGCAAUUGAAGUAGGACAUACAUUUUAUUUAGGUGAUAAAUAUUCAAAACCAAUGAAUUGUAAAAUCGAUAUACCAGAAGGAAAUAAAACAAAGUCAGUUAAUUUAAUGAUGGGUUGUUAUGGUAUUGGAAUAAGUAGAAUAAUAGCAGCAAUAGCAGAGAUAAAUAGAGAUGAACAAGGUUUAAGAUGGCCAAGUAUAAUUUCUCCAUGGAAUAUAACUAUAGUUUCAAAAGAUCAUUAUGAUUUUAUAAAAACAUUAGAUUUUGAUUAUAGAUUAGAUGAUAGAGAUGAAAAUUUUAGUAAAAAGAUUAAUUUAUCAAAUUCAUUAGGUAUUCCAUUAAUUGUAAUAUUAGGUAGAUCAUUUCCAAUUUGUGAAAUUGAAAUUAGAGGUAAAUUAUAUUCACAAAGUUGGAAAGAACAAUACCCUAAACUAAAAGAUAAAUAUCAAUGGACUGUAAAUAACGGUAAACAUUUUGUACAUAAAGAUGGAUUAACUUCAAUCGUAAAUAUUUUAUUAAAUGAUAUGUAG